CCCCUCGUCUUCUGUGCAGCCGCCGUUCCUGCCCGCCGGCCGCCUCGAGGACUGCCUGCCGCCGUGCUACCACGCCAACAAGAACAUGGCCAAGCUCAUCAAGGAGCAGAAGCGCAAACUCUUCCACACUUCGGUGUACGAGUCGGAGGUGCAGCUGAAGAAGCUCUACAUCCAGACGUGUCGACGGCUUCCUGCGCACGGCUGCAAGGUCUACCAGGUCAAGGAGCUGCUGCGGGGGAAGACCAAAAAGAAGGCGGCGAGACUCUUGGGCCUGGGACCCGAGAAGAUCGUCCUGCUGGACAACAAGACCCGCAUCCUCGCCAAGUCGCAGAACACUGCGGAUCUUCUCCAGUGGCGAACGGGCGGCGGCCGCUCCCAUGACCGACUGCAACUGGAGUUCCGGGCUACGCGCUGGUCGCUGGUUGUGCCCGCUGUGGCCGCCAUGCGCCAAGUGGGGCUGGCCCUCUGGGAGCUCCUCCAGGAGCUCGACUCCCACUUUCUGGAGGAGUACGCCGUCCAGCGACGAGUCGGACGCCAAGAGCUGGUGAAGCGGUCGCUGCUGACCCUGCAGGUGGUGGCGGCCGAGGAGCUCGAGGCGCUGCACCGCCUGCUGCACGUGCCCGAGGAGGUGGCGCUGCGGCUGGCGGACGCCGAGCACCGCCUCUUCUACCAGGUGCCGCCCAUCGACUACCUGCGCCAGGUCACGCUCGACCUGGGCUCGAGCAGCGGCAGCCCCAGCAGCGGCGAGCACCAGCAGCAGGCGGGACCGGGACACGGCGCGCAGAGGCCCUCCGUGCGCAGCCUCAUCAAGCGCUUCAACGAGGUGAGCUCGUGGGUCACGCACCUAAUCAUCACGCAACCAACACACGAAGACCGCAAAGCCGUACUAUCAUGCAUCCUGCGCGUCGCGCUAUCCUGCUGGAAUAUCGGCAAUUUCAACGGUGCUAUGGAGAUCGUGGCGGGACUCAAGUCAAACAAGCUGAAACCGUUCUGGCUGUCGAUCACGGAGAAGGAGUCGCUUCCGGUGCUGGACUUCCUGUCGGCGGCGCUGAUGUCGGCCGAGUACGAGCGCGCGCUGGCGCGGGCGCUGGCGAUGUCGGAGUGCCGCGUCGUGCCCUUCUUCGGCGCCUUCCUGCGCGAGCUGCGGGACAUCCUGGCGGGCAGCCCCAGCCUCGUGGUGCUGGCGCCGCCCCCGCACUCGCCCUCGCCGGCGGCGGGCCCUGCGGCGGCGGCGGCGGCGGAGGCGGCGGAGGCGCAGCUCGAGUUCAUCUCUGACUACAAUGGAGAAGACCACUACUUUACGCGAAUCGGUCCAGGAGGUCUCAUCAACUUGGACAAAAUCUACCGCACACAGGCAGUUAUGGAUCGAAUUGCCUCAUUCCAUCAACAUUACCAUGCUCGCAACCGUGAAUCAGUGCCGAACUUGCUCAGGGACCACCUCAGCAUUCAUACAUCCAGUAUUGAACGCUCUUAUUUAUUGGAUGAAUCUGAGGACCAUGAUUAUGAUCUUGAUCUCGACACAUACCAGCCAGUCCAGCCUUUAAGCAAUGACCAUGGUGUCAGCUUCUUUCCCAUAUCUGCUCCACACAGCAGAAUUGAUCACCACGUUUUACAGGUGCUGCACCACGGCAGCACGGCGGUGCACUGGGACGCGGAGGGCGGAUCGCGCACGGCGCUGGUGUACGCGCGCCUGGAGCGCAGCUGCGCCACGCUGACGUGGGGGCGGCCGGCGUGGAGCGCGCUGCGCACGGGCGCGGGCGGCGGCGGCGGGCCCGCCUCCGACUACUGCCUGGGCGCCAACCCCGAGGAGGCGGUCGCGCCCGGCCUGCUGCUCAAGCUGGCGGGCGCCGAGCCCACGCUCGAGGAGGGCUACCUCGACCUCGCCUGCGUCAAGGAGAUCUCUCAGGGCGGCCGCGACCGAGACCGCGACCCCGACCUGCUGACCGCCUGCCGCCGCUACGGCCUCGACAAGUUCGCCACGCGCGACUGCGUGCUCGCGCUCGUCUACGGCGCCAACCUCAGCGACAACCGCGUCCUCUUCCUGCUCUGCCCGCCGACGCUCUGCAAGAUGUGGUACACGGGGCUGUGCUGGGUGGUGCGCGGCCUCAAGCGGCAGAUGCAGCUGACGGACCGGCGCAUGCUCUGGCUCAAGGAGCAGUACCUGCAGCUCUACUUCGACGAGGGCCUCUGCCAGGGACCCAUGACAGCCGACGCCAUUCGGGUGUUCGGAGGCCGGGACUGGGCCAUGACGGGGGCCGUAGCCGGCAUGUCGCCCCCCGACAACGGGACGCUGCGCAGGGGCGCCUCCGCCAAGUUCAAGAAGAAGAAGUCCAUCGGCAACAUACAGACGCUAAAGGACUCCGGUUCGAAGCCGGGCGGCGCUCCGGGGGGCCCGGGUUCGGAGCCGUGCGGGGGCCAGCUGCAGCCGGGGGAGCCGCCGUCGUGGCGCCGGGUGACCACCUCCGUCACGGUGAGCGGGCCCAGCCCCAGCACCGCCACGCCGCGAUCGCACUCCGUCUCCAGCGACUUCGACCUGCACGACUCCACCGACAACCUGGACAAGAUCUCCAGCUGCAGUCCCACGCACCACUACAGCUCCAGCUCCACCGGACUACACAGGGAUCGAGGGAAGUCCACUCUUCCCGAACAGAUAUGGCAGAUGCGACAUUUCAGAGCUGGGUCCAUCACUCACGAAACACAGCUGGACUUCGUUGACUUUGUGGCUCUUUUUCGUUCGUUCAGCUUAAGAGCAAGGAAGGAUUUGCGAGACUUGUUCGAUCAACUGGCUAUAACAUGCAGAAGUAUGUCCGACAGUUCUCUUAAUGAUGGCAGUCUGAAGAGUUCUCCUGAACACCUAAUGAAACCUCCUCAGAAAAUAGGACUGCUCACAAGAAACAGCUCCUUGGAUCUUUACGAGUACCGAAGCUCUGGGACCCUACAAAAGAAGAAAAUCUUCGACGCGAUAGCAACGGCUAGUAUUGUAACCAACUGUGCCGGAAUGGACACCUCGAAAUCACAAGUGAUAACUAUGCAGACGUUUUCAAAAUUUUUAGAAACCCGCCAAAUGGAGCAGAGGACAGAAGACGAAAUAAAAGCGUUAAUACAGAGGCACGAACCAGAUCCUCUGUUGCGAAGUCAGAACUGCUUUUCUUUUGAGGGCUUUGCGAGGUAUAUGAUGGACAAGGACAACUACGCCUUUAUCAGUGAAAGAAUGGGCCCAGAAGAAAGUGAAAUGGACCAACCGUUGUCGCAUUAUUAUAUUGCAUCUUCCCAUAAUACGUACCUCACAGGCCAUCAACUGAAAGGGGAAUCUUCUGUCGAGCUAUAUAGUCAGGUGCUACUAACAGGAUGCAGGUGUGUGGAGCUGGACUGCUGGGAUGGAGAUGACGGCUCGCCGCUCAUUUACCACGGGCACACGUUCACCACCAAGAUACCGUUCAGGUCAGUCGUCGAAGCCAUUAACAGGAGUGCCUUUGUCACGUCGCCGUACCCCGUCAUCCUGUCCAUAGAGAACCACUGCUCCGUUCAGCAACAAACUCGGAUGGCACAAAUAUUCCAGAGCGUGUUCGGCGACAAGCUGGUGACCAAGUUCCUAUUCGAGCCGGACUUCACGGACGAGUGCCAGCUGCCGUCGCCGGCGCAGCUGCGCUAUCGCAUCCUCGUCAAGAACAAGAAGCUGACGGCCGACAUCCCCGUGGCGCCGUCUGCGCAGGCGCCGCCCCCGCGCCACGGCAGCAGCUCCCACACGCCCGUGCGCGCGGCGCCGGGGGCGGCGGGAGCGGGGGCGGUGGGGUUGGCGGGGGCGGCCACCAUAGGGCCCGGCUCGGGCAAGCAGCCCUCCUCGGGCAGGGCCAGCUCCAUCACCAGCGGCGGCUCCGCCAACGACGACUUCAGCGACGACGAUGACGAUGACGACGACGACGACGACGAGAACAUCGACGAGAAACUGCUGGGGCUGUACGGCACGGAGGACAAGUCGCUGAGCAAGUCGACGUCGAUGUGCCCGUCGCGCACGGGCUCCAUGUCGAGCCACGAGAGCAUCCUGCGGCUGGAGCGCGGCGCCUGGCCCGGCGGGCACGCGGCGCGCGCGGCGGCGGCCCGCGGCCAGCCGGCAGACGCCUGGUACACCGACGAGGAGCCGGCGCCCACCAAGCCCAAGAAGCAGAGCAGCCAGAUCGCCAAGGAGCUCUCCGACAUGGUCGUCUACGUGCAGGCAAUCAAGUUCCGCGGACUCAACACCAUCAGCCCCAACAGCUCGGUCAAGUGCAAGCGGUCGGCGAGCACGGCUCCGGCCGUGGGCGGCCCUGCACUCAAGAAGAGCAGCAUCGGCGGCAUCACGCCGCCCACGCUGCCCUCGAGCGCGGCCGCCGCCGCCGCCGCCGCGCCGCCGACGCCGACGGCGCACGGCUCCGGCUCGCUGUCGGCGUCGCCCGGCGUCGGCUCGGGCGGCGGCGCCGCGGGCUCCGGGCCGGGCGCGGGGGCGGGCAGCGGCGGGCCCAGCCCGGCGCGCGGCACGCCCAACGUCAACCACCCCUGCUACCAGUGCUCGUCGCUGAACGAGAACACGGCCAAGAAGCUGUGCCGCAAGCAGCCGCACGCGCUCGUCGCCCACACCGAGACGCAGCUGAUGCGGACCUACCCGGCGGGCAUGCGCAUCGACUCGUCCAAUUUCAACCCGGUCAUUUUCUGGGCGUUCGGCAUCCAGAUGGUGGCGCUCAACUACCAGACGGAGGACGCGGCGCUGCACCUCAACGCCGCCAUGUUCGAGCAGAACGGCCGCUGCGGCUACGUGCUCAAGCCGACCGUCAUGUGGGACCGCACGCACAUGAUGUACCGCCGCUUCAACCCGUGGGACAAGGAGUUCGACGGGCUACACUCGUCGCACCUGUUCGUGAACGUCGUGUCGGGCCAGUACGUGAACCAGACCAACCUGCAGGCGAGCACCUACGUCGAGGUGGAGGUGGUGGGCAUCCCGGUGGACUGCAACAAGCAGAAGACCAAGGUGGUGCAGCGCAACGCGCUCAACCCCAUCUGGAACGACACGUUCUUCUUCCAAGUGAUGUUCCGCGACCUGGCGUUCCUGCGCUUCAGCGUGCUGGACGCGAGCACGAGCCACGUGCUGGCGCAACGCGUGCUGCCGCUCAAGUGCCUGCGGCCCGGCUACCGGCACGUGCGGCUGCGCUCGCCGCAGAACCAGCCGCUGCAGCUGGCCACGCUGUUCGUGUACUCGCGCGCUGAGGAGGAGAGCCUCGACUACGACGGCGUCUCCGUCGAGAACGGCGACGCGCUGCACGCGGGACGCGCGCCCGCCGCCGCAGCCGGCGUCUCCGCGGGCGCCGCGUCCGCCGCGGGCGCCAGGGCGGCCAGGCACAGCCGCGAGCUGGCCGCCGACGCCGCCGCCGCCGUCAAGAAGGACCACGCCGCCGCCAUCGGCAGCGUGCCGCUCAAGCGCCGCAUGUUCUUCCUCAUGGUGUACGGCGUCAUGCCCGACGAGCCGUACACCAUCCUCAAGAUCACGCAGGAGUCGACGACGCAGGAGGUGGUGCUGCAGGCGCUGCAGAAGGCGGGGCUCAGCGCCGACCGCGUGCACGACUACAUCCUGGUGGAGGAGGUGGCGCGCAGCUGGGAGAAGAAGGACCGCGACAUCCCGGCCACGCAGCGCGUCCUAGACCUCGAGGAGCGGCCGCUGCAGGCGCAGGCGCAGUGGCAGGGCGAGGGCCGUUUCCUGCUGAAGCGCAUGGGCGACGACCCGUCGAGCCGCGCCUGGCUUUCCUCCAUCCGCAGCACGUCUUCGGGCCGGCGCUCCGCCACCGAGGACUCGGAGGGCGCCGCCGUCGCCUCCGCCGCCGCCAGCAGUCUGCAGCUGCGGCCCUGGGAGGAGACCGACACCUUCCUCGUCUGCGUCUACAACGUCUCCCCCGAGAUCCCCUACGCCAUCCUCAAGGUGCCCGUCAGCGCUUGCGCCCAGGACGUGCUCGCCCAGGCGCUCGUCAAGGCGCGACGAAUGGAGGAUCCGGCCCGCUUCGUGCUGGUGGAAGAGCUGGAGUGGAGCAGCGGCAGCGGCAGUUCCGUCACCCGCCAACAGAGGGUUCUAGCUGACGACGAAAACGUCUACAGCACACAGGCACACUGGCAGACCAUCGGGCGGUUCAUCCUGCGCGAGCGGGAGCGCGCGACUCCGCCGGCGGGCCGGCGCCACCGCGUGGCGGCCAACCUGCGCACGGCGACGCUGGAGCGGCUCAGCAAGGGGCUGUCGGCGGCGGCGGCGGGCGCGGCCGGGCGCAGCGCGGGCCACGCGCACGCGCAGGCGGGCAAGGCGCCGGUGGCCGAGGCGCUCAGCGACCCCACCACGUCGCGCCACGUGCGCCACCACAAGUUCCCCGCCAGCUGCAGCGGCCGCCCGCGCCCGCCGCCGCCCGUCGCCACGCAGCACCGCGAGGUCCACUCCGAGGGCGAGACGCUCAGCGACGACGACGUCCGCGACCUGGACCUGCGCGCCGCCGUCUCCCGCCUCAAGAAGGUGUCGCUGCGCAAGCUGCGCGUCUGGAAGUCCUGAGUGGAGGUGGCGCUGUACGGCGCCAGACAGGACUCCUCGCCGCACACCGGCGCGUCCUGGAUGUGAGUCGCCGUGCAGCCGCCGGAGCUCCUCUCGCUUCACUCGCAGUCUCGAGGUGGCAGUCGGAGACCGAGCAGACUGUACACUGGAGGACGAUCACCCCGGGUGCCUUCCCAUCUCUGUCGACGGACGUUCCACCCCGGCUACAAAUACGAGACGUCCGAUCCGGGCGCGGCUGUGCGGUACCCGUCACCACUCCCUUUCUAGAACCACUCGUCGUAUGUGGUGGUUCCCUGACAGUGACGUAACUUAUCGAGUGGCCUCUGUCUGAGUUAGAAACUGCCUUCCUCUGUACUGUGCUGGAACAAGUUCGGGUUAAAAUCCCCAAAUAUCGUCGAAAUGAACCAUUUUACAUCAAAUGCGCUCUCUCUCAACCCCCCCCCCCUUCUCUCCCUCCCUCCCCCUCCCUCUCUUUCACGUAUCGACCCAGACUGGAAAACAGGGAAACGGUUGCGAACCGACCAGUGUGCGAGAGGACAGUAGCGUGUCGUGUGUGCGUUUCUGUGUUUCCGUGUGGCUGGUGAGGUCUGUAGAGAAUGCCGUGUUUUCUGUGGUGUGCAGAAGACUCCUUUUUGCUUCGAGGGAAGUGUCGCCGUGUGGAUAUGUUUUGUGCCUGUUGCCUUAAUGUCAGUGCUAGUGCCGGUUUCACUUCAGUUUUGUCAACAGUAUUGUAAAUGUGAGUUUGUAGUGGAUCUCUCAAUGUUUUUCAAUGUUGUCAGUGACACAGGUGUUGGCUGGGCGUUUUUGAACAGUGAUUUAUGUACAGUUACAGACUUCAAAUACACAAAACAGGUAAAUUCACCGAUGGUAACCGGCUUCUGCAAAAAUGGGAUAUUUUUGUAACGCUAAACCAAAGUUCGACAUCAAAUGUUUAACAUAUCUUCAAUAUUUUUGUUCUUAAAAUUAGGUACUAACGUACUAAUAAAAAUAUGAAAAAUCCCAUUUUGCUUGAAGUUUCGAGAACGGAACAUACCUGUAAUUAGCGUUGACUGAAUAGUUGUCCCGAUGUUUUGUUGUUGCCCAUAUCUAGUCAUAAGAAACUUUCUGUGAUACUUUUAUGUAUUGUAUUUAAAUCUGAUACCUCGUCUCAUGAUUUUAUACUGUGGUACCGACCUUCAUAAUCGUAAGGUUCAAAUCAUUAUUACUGCUUCAUUAUUUAUAAUUUCCUCAUUUUUGUUUGAACUGUACAUGACAUCGUGUGUAGCUUAGUACACAUUUUUAAUCGAAUGUGACCUUUGUUUUGUUACUAUGCUGGAUAAUAGUUCAAAUGAUUGUUUUUAUGACACAUAUUUCAACACUGUUCUGUUAUUCAGAUAAUUCACUUCCUGUAAUAUUGAGAACAGGUUUUUUUGAGUGCUAUGCUGAGCUUGAUCUUCUCUGCCCAAGAAGGUACUGUUAUAUUUUUACCAGUUCACUAUACCGUGUGGUGAGAAAAUAAUACUUUACAGUGCAUGAGUCAUUGAUAACAUCUAAAGACAUUAAGAAACAAAAAUCCUGGAACAUCAGCUAUAAAUCAAAAUGUGCAUAUUGUACACUGUACAAAUUUUAGUAUUAAAAAGAUAAAUGCUGCUGCAGAUGCAGUGUUAUAUUGUCUGUUGCCUAAAUUAUAUUAAGAUUGAUAAGUGUUUUCCUGUAAAUGGCAUAUAAAUUGAGGGUUCUUUGUUGACAGCUUUCAAAGUAAAUAUAUUCUUUUUAUUGACUGUAAAAACAUCUAUUCUGUUUGUAAAUAUAUUUAUAUACACAUAUUUAUAAAAUGUUGUUACCAGAUUUUUAAUUGAGCCAAGAAAGCAGUGGUUAAGUAUCAGCACAGAUGCCUUCCUAUUGGUAUAAGCAGAGCAGGAGCUAAUUAUUUUUCUAAGUGUUGAAGUUCUAUGCAUAGAGUUAAUGUGAGGGUGACAUCUUGGAUGUGUGUGUCCUAUAAAAAGGAAUGGAAUGUAGUUGCAUAAUUUAUUUACAGAUAUGCAACAAACUGGAUCAGUAUUGUGAUUACAUUUUACUCUGAAAUUAUUCUUACAUAUAUUUUUUUUAAUAUGUACCUGUACCUUUUUGUUCUGUACCAAUAAAGCUGCUACUUAAGAAGAAAUAAACGAAAUUAAGUAUUGCAUUUAAUUCAAUGUUGCCAGUUUAGGAGUAUAACUGAAGUGUGUACUGAAACAAGAAAAAGCUUAAUAUUAAAUAUUCCAUCAAACAUAAUUCAUGAAUUCAGUACUCCUAUAUCAUGUCUAAAGUAUUACCAAUGAGACAAUCAGAUUUCAUAAUUUGCAAUUUCAUUAAAUCAUCAUUAAUUCUGUAUGUCAUUAUGGCUGUGACAGAAAGUUGUUAUUAAUUACAUAUGGUAAUGUAUUAUUUUUAUUUAUUUUUAUUUUUAAUCCUUAUAGAAAUUCUUCUUGUCUCAGUACAUUCUUCUAUAUGUGAUAUAAGCAAUUUCUACACAUAUUGCAAAUGUUAUCAUAGUUAGUGCUACAGGUACCACUUACUCUGUACACUGGAAAUUUACAUUCAGCCAUAAUUUGUUGAAGUCAGAUAGAACAAACUUUAGUUUGAACUGAAAAAGAUCUAAAACAAAACUUUGCCAGAGUCAUGUUUAGAUACAUACAUCAUAAAAUGUUAAAAUGACAUCAGUCACUAAGAAAAGUUAUAGAAUGAUAAGGAUUACAUUUCAUAGAAAAAUAUAUAGGUAGAAUGACUUUACUUACAGGGAGCUAGUCAUAUAUUUAGUUUAUAUUCUGUGAAUGAAUCUGGCCCUACAACUAAAUUAAAUAUAGGGUCUCAUAAGUAGAACAAAUAAUCUGGCAUGAGAACUACUUCAGAAUAAAAGAAACCUGACUAAUUUCUUUAAAAAUGUUAAACUAUAUAAUAAUGAUUCCUAGAUAUUCAGAUACAUCUUACCUUAGUAGAGCUAAGCCUUUUCUGUGUUAGCUUGCAAUAUUAGACAAAUGGAGCAUAUAUACUUGUUGAAUGAAAGCAUUACACUGAAUGUAAUUGUUGAAACUGAUGCACAAAUGUGAUGAAUUUAUUAAAUUUCUCGACCAGUAAAUAACAUUGCAGCACAAGAAGUGGUUAACUUUGCACAAUUUCUAAUCAGAGUUCCUUAUUACUUCUACAGUAGCUGACUGAGUUUAAAAAGUUGUAAUGGAGGCAGCUAAACCCUAGCUGUAUUUUAAAUAGUAUACUGUACCAUGCAUGUGUUCUUUUUACCAGAUGUGAAAUAAUGUACAGUGUUUUAUAUAUUUCAGACCACCAAACUUUUCAACACUCUGUGAUUAUGUUUAUUUAUUUCAGACUAUGAAAGACAUUUUCAUUAAAAAAUCCAUUUUACAAACUUUGUGAGAAAUAUGUUUAUGUGCUUACAACUUCUGCUUGAGAGAAAGUUGUAAAUCAUAAAAAUCUAUUUGCCCACUGUAUACAUUCAUCACUAAUUAUGUAUCAUCAUUCAGAUUCUGAAUUGAUACUGACAAGCUUCUUACAGGUAUAAUCAUGACAAGGUAUGUAAGAAAGCUGCUAUGGUGAUAUAACAGUACUGUAACUGUUGCUUUUUAUAUCAAUUCCUUGGAGAUUAAUUUAUUUUAAUUUUGCUACCCACUGUUAUCUAUAAUACAACUGAAAUAUGUUAUGACUCUUCUAUUUUCAAACAACUCAAUGCAAAUCUAUUUGAGGAAAUUGUACAUGUUAUAUUUUAUGACAGCAGUUGUGACUUUUCGGAAUCAGAAUUAAAUGUCAGAACACUAAUUAUCCACUCUUUCCAUAUCAGAAAGUUGCUUGUAAAUAAUUUUCCACUUUUAUAUAUACAUAAAUAUAAAUAUAUGUAUAUCUUGUUCUUGUUUCCUUCGUGUCAGAGGAUUUUUCAUGCAGCUGUAACUAUAAUAUUAUAUUUGAUAUAUUGUUCUGAACAAACAUUUCCCUUGAUACAUUAAAAUAAAUGACAACUAACUGAAACAUUUCAUGUUUACUCUCUGUCCAUAGUGGCUUUGUCUUGUUACUUCUUAUGUGUUUGUUUGAGUUCAGGCUGUGGAUAAUCACAACAGACAUUGUGUACAGGCUACAGAAAUCAAUGUUGGCCUAAUGUUUUACUUUACACUUUAUUAAACAUUCACAGUAUAAUGCUGAGUUCUUUUGUGAAUGUCGGUAUAAGUGUAGUAUAUUUUCUGCUGUUACAAUGUCACAGAAGCAAAAGAAAAUUACAAAUAAAUUAACAUUAUGUUCUCAUAGCCACUGUGAAAAUAAAUGUGCUCAGAAAAAAAUU